GAUUCGGGUCUCAUUGUCCUCACCAUCUCCCCAAGCAUGAUUUGCUCUUUUGACUUGAUGAAGAAGAACUCGUCGAAGACACUCAACAUUCGCCCAGAUCUGGAGCAUCGUGUUACCAACUAUUUUGAGAACACUCCACGAGGACAGUCCGUCGCUGGAGUGAACAUCUGGUUUCUCGAUGCGGCCAAAUUUCGUGCUGGAAUUCUUUUACUGCUCGCUGGAAGCCACGAUAACACUACCGAUGUGACAUUUUUCUUAGCAAUGAUUCACUACAAAGGCGAAGAUUCGAAAGUGAAAUGGUUUUCAGCCAUUCCCAUCGAUCUGGUCUACCGACAAAACUUUGAGUCGACCAAAGAAACAUCUUUCGUUGGUCACGUUUUUCUUUGUAUUCCUGAUCAGACGUCAAAUUCGUCUACUUGUGAACGAACGGAUGGAAUUGUCAUCGUCUAUCCCAAUUUUGUGCAAUCCGUAUUCUUGCCGGAUGACUUGAAGGGACGCAAUCCAACUUUAUUGAACAAGGUUGUGCCUAUUCCUGCGGGUACCAAAUUAGUAGGUCAUGCUUGUGAUGAGCGUUUCUGCUAUGUGAUGACAUUCGAUGGAGCUAUCUCAUGUGUUCGUCUUUUACCAAGAGGUUUUGAGGACGAUCUCGCUGAUGACAAUGCAUUCAUAGAUGAGCUAUGUGCCUUGAGGGAUAGUGUCUCGCAAGACGACGAGCCUCUUUCUAUUUUCGUGUCUGCGUUUAUUCUUUUUGCCUCGAAGAACAUUGUAAGUCGCUCAUACUGA